AUGGCUGGAUUACGUGUAGUGAUAAUCACUGCUCUGCUUACAGUGUUUAUUCUUAAUGUUGUUGGUCAUAAGCAUCAUAAUCGACCUUGCACAAACGAUCCAGAUUCGAAUCCAUUCGAUCCUCCUUGUCCACCAACGGUACCAGUAACUCCUCCUAUACCAGGUGUUAACGAUAAUUCAGAUUCGGACGAAACAUCUUCAUCAAGUACUGCUGCUAGUACUACUGCUAGUACUACUACUACUACCAUUGAUGAUGGAGGAAAUCUCACAGCACUUGAACGUGCUCAUUGGUGCCGUUUUAGCAACGGUUCAUUUCUUCCUUAUGGCCAAACAUUUAUGAAUUCAAUCUGUUCGAUGUGUCAAUGCACAAAAUCACGUGCUAUUCGUUGUCAAUUACUUGAAUGUUUACCAACAUAUUGUAUCGAUAAUACAAUGCCAUAUCGUAAAGAUGGUCAAUGUUGUGCACAAUGUGGAUAUGAAGUCGCAAGAAAUUCUUGUGUAUACAAUGGCAUCACUUUCCCACAUGGUGUAGUUAUGAGAACAGUAUCAGAUAAAAUGCAAUGCUGGUGUCAAUUGGGUAGUAUUGAAUGUCGUAAUUAUGUCGGUUCACUUAUGGAUAGUUUGAACAUGUUGACUGAUGAAACAACAAUUUAUAUUAUUGUAAUGGUUUUAUUCGUUGUUUUACUAUUCGGUUUAUGUGUUUGUUGUGCUUGCACAUUAUCUUUCUAUUAUUAUUAUAAACAUUAUGAACAUACAUUUCAAGAAGUAUAUGAUCAAUAUAAUAAUGCAGCUGGAUGGCAACCAAUGAACGAAGAAGAACAAUAUGAAGUUGAAGUUGAUGGUAAUGCCGAAAAACAAGUUGAAGACGAAAAAUCUCAAUCAGCAGAAUAUAAUAAUGAUAUGUUUCCACCACCAUAUGGAGCUCAUGCUGAUGGUGAACAGAAAAAAUGA